AGAAAGCCAAGGCAUCUAAGCCUUGCUUAAUUAGAUAAUCAAAGUUAAAAAAUUAUCGAGUCCAUGGCACCCUGGAGUCCAAACCUUGUUGUACGGUCACUUGAUCAAUUUUUGUUGUUUAGCAUCAUUCUACUGUUUCUUUGUUCUUCUAGUACUUGUUUUGCAACAAGUGGAGAGGCAGAGGCCCUUGUGAAAUGGAAGGACAGCCUUGAUAUGAAUCCAACUACUCAUUCUCUUCUCCGCUCUUGGAAUCUCAAUUCUACUACUUCAACUUCUCAUCAUCACCAUAAUACCCCUUGUUCCUGGGUUGGGAUCACUUGUAAUGACUUUGGAAGUGUCAUCAACAUUACUCUUGAAAGCAGUAAUAUGAAAGGUACACUUCACAACUUCAACUUCUCCUCCUUUCCCAGCUUACUCACUCUUAACUUUUAUAACAACUCCCUCUACGGAAGUAUCCCAUCUCACAUUGGCAACCUUUCUACACUCACCUACCUUGCCCUUGAUUCCAAUCAUCUCUCCGGAGACAUCCCAUCCCAGAUAUGCCUUUUAACAAAUUUACGUUUCCUUUGGUUGGAAAGGAAUUAUUUGCAUGGCUUUAUACCACCUCAAAUAGGCAUGUUGGUGUCUAUCGAGUUCUUUUAUGCUCAUAGUAACAAUCUGUCAGGUUCAAUUCCUGUGUCCAUUGGAAACUUAAGCAAGUUAACUAAUUUGGAACUUAAUAUAAACAAAAUAGUUGGAUCCAUCCCCAGUGAGAUUGGACAGCUUAAAUCACUCACUUUCCUUCAUUUGUUUGAUAACCAACUCACUGGCUCAGUUACUAUGUCCAUUGGAAACUUGAGCAGGUUAACUGAGUUGGAACUUGGUGGAAACAAAUUAGUUGGGUCCAUUCCAAAUAAUAUUUGUCUUGGUGGGAAGCUUUCAUGGUUUACAGCAGGUGAUAACAACUUUAGAGGUUCCAUUCAAAAAAGCAUAAGAAACUGCAGUUCAUUAGUCCACCUUUCAUUUGUAGGAAAUCAACUAAAAGGAAAUAUAUCUGAAGAAUUUGGAAUAUACCCAAACCUGGAUUAUAUAAACUUGAGCUCCAAUAAGAUUUCUGGAAAACUUUCUGAAAACUGGGGACAGUGUCCAAAACUCAAGAUGGUGAACAUCUCUAACAAUAAAAUAUCCGGUAGGCUACCUCCUGAACUAGGGAAGGCUACUCAAUUACAGAAGCUUGACCUUUCUUCCAACCUUCUUGUAGGUAAAAUUCCUAAGGAACUGGGACAACUGAAAUUGUUGUACAUUCUCGAGCUUCAAAAUAAUUCCCUUUCUAGAACUGUUCCUAUAGAAAUUGGAAUGAUGUUGGACCUUGAAACACUUGACCUUGCAAACAACCAAUUGAGUGGACCGAUUCCCAUGCAUUUGGAGUACAGUUCAAAACUAUUGCAUUUAAACUUAAGGAAUAACAAAUUCAGCGGCAAUAUUCCCUUCCAAAUUGGUAAUCUGCUUUCCCUUGAAGAUCUUGAUCUAAGUAAGAAUUUGCUCUCGGGAAAGUUGCCUUUAGAGCUUGGUCAUUUGGAAAAGCUAGAAACAUUUAACCUCUCACACAACAAUCUAUCAGGCUCAAUACCAUCCAUGUUUAAAGAAUUGAUAAGCUUGACAUCUGUUGAUAUAUCCUACAAUCAGUUAGAAGGUCCUCUCCCCCACAUCAAAGCUUUCACUGAAGCUCCAAUGGAAGCCUUGGAAGGUAAUAAAGGAUUGUGCAGCAACAACCCUAGUUUGAAGCCUUGCCCCACACCUAAAGAUAAAAAUAGAAAUCAAGCUGUAAUUGCAAUGAUAGUAUCUAUCUCCAGCAUUCUAUUUUUAUUGUUUAUCAUUGGUGGGAUUCUUUUUGUCUGCCAAAAAAGAGCGAGGAAUAUGGAUGAACCAAGAGAAACCAAAACUGAAGCUUUCUUUGCAGCAUGGAAUCACGAUGGGAAAAAAGUUCAUGAAGAAAUAGUAGAAGCAACAGAGAAUUUUGAUUCCAAAUAUUGCAUUGGAGUUGGAGGGAAUGGAAGUGUAUAUAAAACCCUACUAUCAACUGGUCAAAUUUUUGCUGUGAAAAAGUUCCAUGAGAAUGAUGGAAUAGACCAUCAACAAGCUUUCAAAAGCGAGACAAGUAUUUUGCCAAAAGUGCGCCAUCGAAACAUCAUCAAGCUUUUUGGAUUUUGUGUGCAUACAAGAUACUCAUUUUUGGUUUAUGAGUUCAUGAAACUGGGAAGUUUGGUAAAGAUAUUGAGUGACAAUGAAAAGGCAAUGGAGUUGGAACGGUUCAAGAGAGUGAAUAUUGUCAAAGGUUUGGUAAAUGCGAUAUCCUAUCUGCACCAUGAAUGUUUUCCGGCUAUAGUCCACAGAGACAUAUCUAGUAAGAAUGUUCUGUUGGACGAUGAAUGUGAAGCUCACAUUUCUGACUUUGGUUCUGCUACAACUUUAGAUCCAGACUCAUCAAAUUGGACUCCAUUUGCAGGAACCUUAGGUUACUCAGCCCCAGAGCUUGCUUAUACAAUGGAAGUAAAUGAGAAGAUUGAUGUCUACAGCUUCGGAGUUGUUGCAUUAGAAUCUAUCAUGGGAGAGCAUCCCGGAGACCUCAUAUUAUCUCUGUUAUCAUCACCAUUACAUGCUGUUGAUGUUCUGCUUAAGGAUGUACUUGACCAACGUCUCUCACCUCCAAAGCGGCAAAUAGCAGACCAAGUGGUCUCCAUUGCAGAAAUAGCAUUUGCAUGCGUGCGACAAAGUCCACAGUCACGACCAACUAUGAAGCAAGUAUCUCAGAAGCUGUCGACUCCAUUACAAUCUUUAUCAGUGCCUUUUCAUAUGGUUACAAUAAAGCAGCUGUUUGAUUCCCCAACAUGGACAACCUAAAUUGCUGCAGUUUCUCCUUGUUUUUGAUUGUCUACAUGUCUGUGUGCAUUUUCUUUCACUCUGUCUUUCUUCCUUUCGUCACUGAGUUGUUUUCCUUUUCUUGAUAUUUAAGUUAGCCUAAGCUUGGAUAUUCCAAGACUUGGCAGUGUAACGUCUUAAUGAGUAAAGAGACUUUAUUUA